UCCGGCUUAUAUAUUUUUGCUCGGCAAUUCUUUUUCGCUCUUUAACUCUCCCUCCAAGCAGUUAACACAUCACAGAUCAAGACCUCAUACUGUGAGAGGGGAUUCGGCUCAUCUUAUCCAGGCUUUCAUUUAUUCACCAGAACCUCAAAUAUCGAAAGGGACCGAGCUGUUUGGUAGGACCUUCUAUUUUGGAGAGCCAAGUUUCAUGUCGGAUCUAGACGCUCAGAUUCCAACUGCCUUUGAUCCGUUUGCUGAUGCAAAUGCUGAGGACUCAGAGGCUGGGACAAAGGAGUACGUGCAUAUUCGCGUACAGCAGCGGAAUGGUAGAAAAAGCCUGACCACUGUCCAGGGACUGAAGAAAGAAUACAGUUAUAACAAGAUACUUAAAGACCUGAAGAAAGAAUUCUGCUGCAAUGGUACUGUUGUCCAGGACCCAGAAUUAGGACAGGUUAUUCAGCUUCAAGGUGAUCAGCGAAAGAAUGUAUCCACGUUCCUUGUUCAGGCUGGAAUUGUAAAGAAGGAGCAGAUCAAGAUUCAUGGUUUUUGAGCUGCUGGAAACUUGAGUGCCAACUCUUACCUGUCUACACUUUGUUAGGCAUAAUCUGUUUUUUUUUUUAAGUAUAUUUACUGUCUUCUUACUUUUUGGCAUCUGUUGUAUGGGAUCAUGUAAUAUUAUACGACAUUGUGUUAGCUUUAAUAACGAGAUUCGAAGCUGUUUAAGACUCCAUUAUCUGAUUUAGAAAUCAGGUAUAAAAUGCACCCAUAUUGUCUUCUGUGCUCGGUUUGUCUGAGUAAAGUGAAUUUUCACAGAUCA